AUGUCUCCAAAAACUAAGAAAAAGCCAAAAUCCAAUAAAAAGCUGAGCAGAAAAGAGCUCAGGAAAGAGAAACGCAAGGAAAUAAAGGUAAAACGAAACGAAUAUUAUAAUAAACGCGGAAAACAUGGGGGAGAAUUGGAAGCCUUGGCAGAACAAAUAGAAAAGGGUCCCAAGAAGAAGGAUUUAAAGCCUAAAGUGAAAAAACCUAAAGAAGAAAAGCCCCAGCAAGCUCUGAAGAACAAUCAAGUUUUAAGCACAGAAGAACUUUACAAAAAAGAAAAACGCGAACAAAAAAAGAUCCAAAAAGACAUGUCCAAACAACGAAAAGGCCAACUACUCGCAGCCAACGAAAAAGAAGACCAAAACAUCAAAAAACUAGAAAAACUACUCAAUUUGAAUAAAAGAAAAACCAAAGGAGUUCCAAAAGGUUUCACUUCAGAUGGCCUGGAUUAUUUGUUGGAAGUUUGCGAUCCCGAGUACAUGAAAAACGCCGCAUCCGCUGAACAAGACUUGAACGACGGCAAUGAUAAUUUCGAAGAAGAUUUCGCCCUUAUGACUAAUACACAUAAUAAACCAAAUCAAGACAAUGAUAAUGCUUCUGAAGAUGAUUCAUCAUUAGACGAUGACAGUAAUAAUUCAUCAGACAAUGAAGAAGAUCCUUUUGAAGAUGACAAUAAUGAUGAUUCGUCAGACAAUGAAGAAGAUUUUCCUGAAGAUGACAAUAAUGAUGAUUCAUCAGACAAUGAAGAUGAAUUUGAUUCAAACUCAGAAUCAGACACCAUUGAAACUAAAAGAAAAAACUCUGAAUCCUCUGACAAUGAAGCCCCAAUCAAAAAACACAAAACAGAAGCCAAUCAGAGUAACACUUGGGAAGAUAUCUACGGAAGACUCAGAACCAAAAAUGGUGAAAUUAUUAAUAGUGCACAAAAUAAAUACAUACCGCCAGCAAUUAGAGCUAAAAUGGAAGCCAACACUUCAUCAGAGGAUAAAAAACGUAAAGAGCAAUUGGAGAGGUUGAAAAGACAAUUAAAAGGUCUUUUAAAUCGUUUGGCUGAAAGCAACAUGCACGGAAUAGCGAGCCAAAUUGAAGAUCUUUACAUGAAAAAUAGUAGAAACGACAUGAAUGAAACCCUUACAGGCUUAAUUACAGAUUCCCUUAUUACUCCUGUACUUAGUCCUGAAAGAUUGCUAAUGGAACAUGUGGUUCUUGUAUCAAUUUUGCACGCAAACGUUGGCACUGAAGUGGGAGCUCACUUUUUACAAACAAUAAUCAAAAAAUUCGAUACUCUAUCAAAACUAACCCAAGAAGACAAAUCUUUAGACAACGUUGUCAAUAUAUUGGCUCAACUGUACAAUUUUAAAAUGUUCGAUGCCAAACUGUUGUACGAAAUCUUGAAUAAGUUGGCCAGCAAGUUUGAUGAAAAAAAUGUCGAGUGCAUUUUACAUAUAUUGCGAAGUGUGGGCUUUGGUUUGAGGAAAGAUGACCCGUUGGCUUUGAAAAAUUUGAUUUUGGAGCUGCAGAAGCAGGCGGCGAGUGCCAGUCAAGGAAAAGUGAGCAAUUCAAGAGUAAAAUUCUUAUUAGACGUCUUACUAGCCAUCAAAAAUAAUAACGUCACAAAAAUCCCCAAUUAUGAUACCACGUAUUCUGAACACUUGAAAAAAAUCAUGAAAGGCUUUAUCAGAAAAGGCAAUUAUGUUACAGCCUUGAAUAUAUCUUUGGAAGAUUUAUUAAAAGCUGACGAAAGAGGUAAAUGGUGGGUAGUAGGUUCAGCCUGGACAGGAAAUAUAACCACUAAAACAGAAAAAUCUACAAAAUCAGACGAGUUUUCUGAAAAACUACUCCAAUUAGCCCGCAAACAACACAUGAACACUGACACAAGACGAAACAUAUUUUGCAUUUUAAUGUCCGCAGAAGACUAUUUGGAUGCCUUUGAAAAACUUUUAAGAUUGGGCCUGAAAAAUCAACAAGAAAGGGAAAUUAUCCAUGUCCUUUUGCACUGUUGCCUUCAGGAAAAAACCUUUAAUCCUUACUAUGCAAUUUUGGCUCAAAAGUUUUGCGAAUAUGAUAGGAAAUUUCAAAUGACCAUCAAAUAUUCAGUGUGGGAUAAGUUAAAAGCUUUAAACAGUCAUUCUGGAUUACAAUUAUCAAAUUUAGCUAAACUAUUGAUACAUUUGUUUAUUGAAAAAGGAUUACCUAUAUCAACUUUAAAGAUUGUAGAAUUUGGUCAAUUAGAUAAAAUCACUUUGAGGCUAAUGCGUCAAAUCCUUUUGGGAAUUUUGCUGCACUCUGACCUGGAAGCAGUACAAGGAGUUUUUGAAAAGGUGGCUCAUUCGGACAAGAUGAAAAUGUUCCGGGAAAGUUUACGCCUGUUUAUCCAUCACUUUUUAUUAAGGAAUCUGAAAAGCGAGUCGGUGCCUCAAGAGCAAAAGCAAAAUAUGGAGGAAAGGGCUAAGAUGGUUGAGAAAAUUUUAACUGCGAAGGAUACGAGAUUGAGGCUUUAG